CGAGAUCAAACGACCACACCAAUCUAUAAGACAGUGUCUCUGCAGAAAGUAACUCUGCCGCGUCCGUUGUUGCCUCUCGCCCCCAAAGUCGCUAGCCCUGAUCUGGAUCACGUUAACAGAUGCCGUCGCUACCGCGCAUCGAUCAUAUCAUCAUUGGUGCAAAGGAUCUGAAAGCGGCAGCUGAUUAUUUCUAUGAGACGUAUGGGCUGGCGUCAUACGUGGGUGGAAAGCACCAGGGCUGGGGAACCGAAAACAUUAUAGUGCCUCUUGGAGAAGGGUACCUAGAAAUUGCGGCCGUUUUCGACGAUGAACUGGCGGAGCAGAUCGACUGGGGCCAGCUUGUACUGGAGACUCCACUGACGGACAAAUCCUGGGCACUCCUCACCUACUGCGUUGAGACAGAAGAGGGGGCCUUAGCAACUUCACACAGGCUGGGAGCAAUGACCAAACCCAUGCUGCGGGUGCGGCCAGAUGGAUGUGAGCUCACCUGGCGUGUGGCGGCCAUGUCCCGCUUCAAAGAGGAGGGAAGGGCGUCCAAACCCUUCUUCAUCACCUGGGAUGACCCAUCAGUCCGACCAGACAAGCUUUCGGCGCCACACAAAGUGCAGCCACAAGGGAUCGAGUACAUUGAGCUUGCUGGGGACAAGAAGGCAACAGAAGAGUGGAUUGGCACAGACAAGCUACCGCUCCGAUGGGUGAAGGGUACCCCAGGCAUCAAAGCUGUCGGUAUCAAGACUGCAUCAGGAAUGGUAGAGCUUCGGUGAGAUGUGUACUUUGCUUAAAUGAUAAACCGAAAGACAACACAUCCUUGCACCGUUGGUGGCGUGUUCUGUCCAGAGGAGCUUGAGACUACGGCACUGUACUGCGAGUUUUAGAGCUGCUCAUGGAGUACUGUCAGUGGGCACUUUUGGCAUGUGCACAUGUGGUUUGCAUGUUAAAAGACGCAAUGUUUGCUAGC